CAGUAUGACAUGCAGAUGGAGUGGCCGUCGAUCUUAGAAUCACCGCACACUUCACUCAUUUGGGCCAGUCACGGGGGCCAAAACCAGUGUUUGGAGCCACAGUGUGGCGGUGGAGGCAGCAGCAAAUAGGAGGCCAUACAGCAACCUAUGACAAAAUGGAAACCAGCAGGAGUGUGAGGAGACCUGAAAGUGGCACAUGGCAGAGUGGAGCAAUGCAGAGUGGGAGCAAUGGGAGGCGGUUACAGGGGACCCAGGUCCAUGUGGACCCAGCAGCAGCGUGACAAGGCGGUACGGGGGCCCUGGCAGAUUUUGGGGCCGGCGGCACCCUUGGGAGGCCCGUAAUUGCCCGCAACCUUGACAAAAUGGAAAAACCCCAGGAGUGUGAGGAGACCCCAAAGUGGAA